ACUCAAGGUUACCGACAAGCGGACCUAUUUGACAGGCCGGACCUAAUCCGCUGCUACACCGGUACGUACACAGGAGGUACACAGUUCGUUUACUAUGGGGCGGAUGAAGAGCUUCUCCAUCACAUACGCCAACAAUCAGUACGUUUACUACCCAGGACAGGUUGUCGCCGGACAGGCAGUGCUCGAAAUCACCGACGAAGUGACUGCACGUGGUUUGCGCAUCACUCUGCGCGGCGAGGCCUACGUCCAUUGGACAGAACAACACGGAUCAGGACAGCAUAGUCACACUGUAAGCUACACAGACCGUGAAACGUACGUCAAUCAAUGUGUUACCGUCUGGGGAAAAGAGGAAGGAGAUCGAGAAGGAGAGAAUCCAACACUCUAUCCGGGAAUUCAUACGUUUCCUUUCUCUUUCCAGGUGCCUCACGCUGUUCCGUCAUCCUUGGAGCCGAAAGGACCGUUCCGAGCCCACAUUCGGUAUUGGGUAACAGCUAACGUCGACAGACCGUGGAAGUUUGAUUACAAAUGCAAGCAACCGUUUACUGUUAUUGCUCGUAUUGAUAUCAAUGACCCCGUAUUUCUAACUCCCAUGAGGAGUGACAACGAAAAGCAUCUGUGCUGUCUGUGCUGCAAAUCUGGUCCCUUGAAUCUCGAGGCUAGUAUCGACCGGGCAGGUUACUGUCCCGGUGAAUCGGUUACCAUAUCGGCUACCGCUCGUAACAUGACCAGUCGAUCAAUGCGAGGCAUGCGAGGACGGCUGAUUUCUAUUACAACCGUCACUGCUCGAGGACAUCGCAGGACUGGCACAACAACAAUAUGUGAAAUAAUGGGCGAGGAAUUGCGCGGAGGAGCAUUUGACCAAUGGGGAAGAAGAUCAUUGGCUAUCCCUCCUGCUCCACCAUCUGUCAAAUCAUGCAGAAUCAUAGACCAUUCCUACUACGUUCAGAUAGCUGUGGUAGUGCCAAGAGGGAUCAAUCUCAAAAUCCUUUUUCCUGUUGUAAUCGGCACUGUUCCACUACGUGAAGACGAGGCUGAAGCCAUUCAGUCACAGCCUCAAUUCAUCGACAACAGAAGCCUCGGCGUACGCGGGGUACCUCAAGCCAUUGCCAUGCCACAUGAGCCAGUGGUUGUACCGUCGGCUCCUCCGUGCUAUGCAGAAGCAGUAGACGAGCCAUCGGUCAAUAUUGGAGAGAGCGAUGACAAGUACACGUACGGUAACCUUCAGUACCUACCUCGGUAUCCAUACAUUCCAACCUAUUCUCAGACAAAUCAACCUUGGGAACCAGGGCCACCCGGACCUCCACCAGGGGAGUAUCCUAUGCAGCCAAUGGGAGGACAAUACUUUGGACCGCCAACCCACUAACUGAAUACAAUAGUAAUGUUUCUGUAUGCGCAGUAACUGUUGUGUUUGCACUAUUUCUUAAUCUGUGGUGGCAGUUGAACACAUUGCUACUGAUAGAGUAAUAGCCUUGCAAUUUUUGGUAACUUGCUCACAGGCAUGGCACACAGCAUGGCAUAUGGCACGGCACAUAGCUGUUGCAUGCGAGAUGUGCCACAAAAUUACUAAUUUUAAUAUAUGCAAAGCCAUCUAAUAUGUGUGAGUAAGUGUAUACAAAUUGAACACAAUUCAU